GGUGUCGGUCACUGUGUGUGAGAUCCAGCAUGUUGAGUCUCCUCCGCUCCGUGUCCCCGCUCCUCCCCCGGAGCUCCCGGCGUUAGAGCUGCACUCUGCCCGGGCUCAGAGCGCCUCUGCCCGGCUUGGGAUGAAACCCCGAGUCGCUGCCGCAGCGCUUUCUGGACUCCAGUGCUGGAGCUGGUAGCCGACGAGCUAACUUCACCUUAACCUUCGGAAAUCACGGAAAUCAGCGAUCAGCGGUGGCGACCCUGCCGCCGCCCCCUUUGCACUAGUUGAGCUCCGGCCACUAAAGAGGAUGAUUGAGGAGGGAGGGAGGACAGGGAAGACCAUGGCAGAGAAAAGGCAGAUUUUUACGGAGAUGAGGUCUCAGAAUUUUGACAUGAUCCGGCUCUCCACAUAUCGCACGGCCUGCAAGCUCCGAUUCGUCCAGAAGAAAUGCAACCUGCACUUGAUGGACGUGUGGAAUAUGAUCGAGGCCUUUCGGGAUAACGGCCUGAACACACUGGAUCAUAACACUGAGCUGAGCGUGUCCAGACUGGAGACCAUUAUCUCCUCCAUCUACUACCAGCUCAACAAACGCCUGCCCACCACCCACCAGAUUAACGUCCAGCAGAGCAUCAACCUUCUGUUCAACUUCUUGUUGGCUGCACAUGACAGUGAAGGCCAGGGGAAGCUGACAGUGUUCUCAGUGAAGGUGAUGCUGGCUAUAAUGUGUGCAGGGAAGAUCGUGGAUAAACUGCGCUAUAUUUUCUCUCAGAUCUCGGACGCUAAUGGAGCGAUGACUCUCUCAAAAUUUGAUCACUUCCUGAGGGAGGGGCUUAAGCUGCCGUCCGCCGUGUUUGAGGGUCCGUCCUUCGGCUACACUGAACACUCCGCCCACGCGUGCUUCCCCCAGCAGAAGAAGGUGAUGCUGAACACAUUUCUGGACACCAUAAUGGUGGACCCUCCCCCUCAGUGUCUCGUCUGGCUGCUCCUCAUGCAUCGCCUCGCUAACGUGGAGAACGUCUUCCACCCAGUUGGUUGCUCAUACUGUCGUAGUGACGGCAUGGUUGGGUUUCGGUAUCGAUGCCAGCAGUGCUUCAACUAUCAGCUCUGCCAGAACUGCUUCUGGCGUGGUCAUGCCAGCGGUAACCAUAGCGACCAUCACCAAAUGAAGGAGCACUCGUCCUGGAAAUCUCCUGCUAAGAAGCUGGGCCAUGCCAUUAGUAAAUCUUUUGGGUGUGUUUCGAACCGUGAGCCCCCUCACCCCAUGUUCCCCGAAAACCCAGAAAGACCACUAGACCUGGCCAACAUUGUUCCACCCCGUCCUGUUCAAAACAGCAUGAAUGACCCAGCUCCGCCCCCCUCUGAAGGCCACACCCCCAUCAAAAGCGUGCAGGGUAUAGCUGCUGCUCAGCGUAUGAAUGAGGAACACGCAUUGAUUGCAGCUUAUGUGGACAGACUCCGGACGAGCCCACGUGCGCUGGACAGUCCCAGUCGAAUGGACGAGGAGCACCGGCUAAUCGCCCGAUACGCAUCUCGGUUAGCAGCCGACCCGAGCAACGCAGCCCAGAGGCCUCAGCAGCUCAGCUUUGAUGCUAACAAGCAGCAACGGCAGCUAAUAGCAGAGCUGGAAAACAAAAACAGGGAGAUCCUGCAGGAGAUCCAGCGUUUGCGUUUGGAGCACGAGCAAGCGUCCCAGCCCACUCCAGAGAAGGCCCAGCAGAACCCCACCCUCCUGGCUGAACUCAGGCUGCUCAGGCAGAGGAAGGAUGAGCUGGAGCAGAGGAUGUCUGCUCUGCAGGAGAGCCGGAGGGAGCUAAUGGUGCAGCUAGAGGGGCUGAUGAAACUGCUGAAGGAAGAGGAGCAGAGGCAGGCUGCUCAGGCAGCUGGCUCUCCUCAGACAUCACCUGGCCAAGGCUCUUCUCGUGCAAUCCCCAUGCCCAUCCGGUCUGCGGGCACCACGCCCACCCACACAGGCCACGCCCCCUCCCACAUGCCCCAGGACUCUCUGUCUGGAGUGGGCGGAGACGUGCAGGAGGCUUUUGCUCAGGGAGCACGUAGGAAUCUGCGUAAUGAUCUUCUAGUGGCAGCUGACUCCAUCACCAACACCAUGUCCUCUUUAGUCAAGGAGUUGCACACUGUGGAGGAUGGAGGGGAUGAAGAGGAUGAGAGAUUACAGAAUGGGAAGGACAGAGGUUAAGCCAAAUGUGAAGCUAGCGAUACCAAGUGCGGUGAUUGGACGGCAGAGAGCGGUCACUCGGCAGGCUCCGCCCGAAGAAACCAGGCACAUCAUUCAGCCACUGCUGUCGCCAUGACAACAUCGCAUCAACCAAGCCUGGGGUUUAGUGGUGGCUCGACCACUCAGAGGAUAGUUUGAGGAUGUGGGCAGGGGCGUCGUCGUGUCCACUGUUGGUCACUGUGGAUGUUGUUUUUUUGUUGUUGUUGUUGUUAUUAUUUUGUUGUUGUUCUUGUUUUGCUGAACCUUCUUUGAUUAGUGUAGUUUGGCUUCGCUCGUUGAUUUGGGAGUGUUUCAUUAGCGAUUGAUGAUGCUGCGCCAAAAGGUAUCACAGAACUACUGAUUAGGUCCAGAGACGAUGUGCUCGUGAGCGUCAGAUUGAUUGGCGGCUCAAAGACGCGCCCGUUAACGGUUUAUAGAAAGUAGCGUGGCUCGGUGGACGGAGUGAAUGGGUGAUGGAGGGAGAAGAAAGGUGGGGAAAAGUGGAAGGAUGGUUGAAUGUAUUAACGGUGGGCUGGCGAUGAGUUAAGCAGGUUGUUUUGUGGCUGUGGUGAUGUUGAUUGGGGGUCAAGUUGAUGAAGAUUGAAGAAAGACUUAUUGCUGUAUGACUGGUCUGCUUAAAGGGGAAUUCCACCGAAUUUUCCAAAUUUCUGCAAAAUUCAGUCGUUGGGAUGUGAACAAAGUCGUUCAGAGUGGUUUGGUGCAAAAUGGUUCAUUGUAGAGAAAUUAAAAAAUUCAGACUUCUUUACAGCGGUGGCGAAAGGAACCAGGGGUCCCGCUUUCUACACAGAUCUAGUCAUUUUCUUUGCUGAUCUUUUUGUUUGUUUGUUUGUUUUUCUAGGUAACGGUGCCUUACGAGUGAGUAUGUUUCUCAGAACUGUCAUGAAUCAAUGAGUGCGCUUACAUGCACCUCAUAAUCCGAUAACUACAGAAAAUCAAUGCGUUUAGAUGCAUUUGACUAUUCGGAUAAUGUGAAACUCCGGGUCUGUAUGAAUCAGACAGUAAUCAGAGUUCUGCUUUACAACCGGCCGGUAAACUCACGGAAGAAAAUGCGAUGAAAACGUAACGUAAAACUCAAAAAACGCCUUUUUUUUAACAUUGAUCCACUUUAUCUGGAAAAUAUGAACACACAUCAUCUAGAAGAUGAAGAAUAUUUGGUAACACUUUAUUUGAAGGCUCC